AUGCAUAGCUCACCUGGAAUAGACAAUCAGGAUGAAACUGGUUUUCCUAAAAUAUACGAGAGAGAUAUCGAUAAAUUCAAGUGCUGGGAGCUAACCACUCAAAAAUACAGUGUUAUAUUCUGUUCGUGCUAUUAUAUAUAUGACUCAAAAGAAUUGUCGGCAGCAAUUAAAGCCAAAUUCCCAGACAAUAUUCUCGGAGCAUUAAGUCGAAUAAAAUACACACGGGCACGCUUUAACUCCCAAGAAUAUGCUAUCGAGUUUGCUUUCGAUUGUGAGACACCUGUGAUUUCUCUAAGAGAAAACGGAAUUGACAUUGGCGAUUCGACAGUGUUUCCUAUAUUUACGCAUCAGUAUCCACAAAAAUUUCACAAAUUUUAUCUCACUGGAUUACCUCUGAUCAGAAAAGAAAUUUUAAAGGAGUACAUACAAGAAAUUAUGAGCAAAUACGGGAAGAUUGUUUUCAUAUUAUUUUAUAAUGCGAGUGGGACUGAACUAUUUGGAGGCACAGCGGAUGUUAUAUUGUAUGGUGAUAGCAUUUACUGGACAAAACGCAAGGCUAAAUAUGAAAAUGAAGUUUACUCAGACGAUGAAGGGAAGAAAUAUAUUAUAAGAAUCCAUAAAAGAUAUAAUUAA